AUGGAAAUCGGUGGUGAGUAUAGGCAUAUAUCACUUUCUAUUCAUCUUUCUCUAUCUCCUCUUUCUGUCUUCUCCCUGUGUAUCACUUUCUAUUCAUCUUUCUCUAUCUCCUCUUUCUGUCUUCUCCUGUGUAUCACUUUCUAUUCAUCUUUCUCUAUCUCCUCUUUCUGUCUUCUCCCUGUGUAUCACUUUCUAUUCAUCUUUCUCUAUCUCCUCUUUCUGUCUUCUCCCUGUGUAUCACUUUCUAUUCAUCUUUCUCUAUCUCCUCUUUCUGUCUUCUCCCUGUGUAUCACUUUCUAUUCAUCUUUCUCUAUCUCCUCUUUCUGUCUUCUCCCUGUGUAUCACUUUCUAUUCAUCUUUCUCUAUCUCCUCUUUCUGUCUUCUCCCUGUGUAUCACUUUCUAUUCAUCUUUCUCUAUCUCCUCUUUCUGUCUUUCUCCCUGUGUAUCACUUUCUAUUCAUCUUUCUCUAUCUCCUCUUUCUGUCUUCCCUGUGUAUCACUUUCUAUUCAUCUUUCUCUAUCUCCUCUUUCUGUCUUCUCCUGUGUAUCACUUUCUAUUCAUCUUUCUCUAUCUCCUCUUACUGUCUUCUCCCUGUGUAUCACUUUCUAUUCAUCUUUCUCUAUCUCCUCUUUCUGUCUUCUCCCUGUGUAUCACUUUCUAUUCAUCUUUCUCUAUCUCCUCUUUCUGUCUUCUCCCUGUGUAUCACUUUCUAUUCAUCUUUUCUAUCUCCUCUUACUGUCUUCUCCCUGUGUAUCACUUUCUAUUCAUCUUUCUCUAUCUCCUCUUUCUGUCUUCUCCCUGUGUAUCACUUUCUAUUCAUCUUUCUCUAUCUCCUCUUUCUGUCUUCUCCCUGUGUAUCACUUUCUAUUCAUCUUUCUCUAUCUCCUCUUUCUGUCUUCUCCCUGUGUAUCACUUUCUAUUCAUCUUUCUCUAUCUCCUCUUACUGUCUUCUCCCUGUGUAUCACUUUCUAUUCAUCUUUCUCUAUCUCCUCUUUCUGUCUUCUCCCUGUGUAUCACUUUCUAUUCAUCUUUCUCUAUCUCCUCUUUCUGUCUUCUCCCUGUGUAUCACUUUCUAUUCAUCUUUCUCUAUCUCCUCUUACUGUCUUCUCCCUGUGUAUCACUUUCUAUUCAUCUUUCUCUAUCUUCUCUUUCUGUCUUCUCCCUGUGUAUCACUUUCUAUUCAUCUUUCUCUAUCUCCUCUUUCUGUCUUCUCCCUGUGUAUCACUUUCUAUUCAUCUUUCUCUAUCUCCUCUUACUGUCUUCUCCCUGUAUAUCACUUUCUAUUCACAUCUUUCUAUCUCGUGUUAUGA